AUGUCGGCCCGUUCGCUUCCAUCCAGCACACUUUUCCGCGCCCUUUCGGCCAGGAACGCCACAUCCAGCAGCUUGAGGGCUUCCGCAGCUUCUCUCAACAUUCGCGCAUUCUCUUCAUCUGUCGCCAAGUCCACAGGCCGUCCCGAUAUCCAGGGAGAUGGUAAGGGUGACCGCGUCAAUCCUGUCAGUCCUUUCUCCGAACCCGCCGGAAUCAACCCAGUAGACAAGUACAAGGACAUUGCCGGUCCCUUGCACGACUUUGGCAGCUAUAUCACUUCUUGCCUUCCCAAAUUCAUUCAGCAGUUCAGCGUCGUCAAGGAUGAGCUCACACUCUACGUUGCGCCAGACGCCAUCAUCCCUACAUUGACCUUCCUUCGCGACCACACUCAGACUCAGUUCCGCGCAUGCAUGGACAUCAGCGGUGCCGACUACCCUACCCGCUCGCAACGUUUCGAGGUCGUCUACCACCUUCUCUCUGUUCAGUACAACGCACGUAUCCGUGUCAAAACCUACGCCGAUGAGGUCCACCCCGUUCCUUCCGCCACCUCCGUCUUCCGAUCUGCCGAUUGGUACGAGCGUGAGAUCUGGGACAUGUACGGUGUCUUCUUCAUCGGUCACCCUGACUUGCGACGUAUCUUGACCGAUUACGGUUUCGAAGGCCACCCUCUCCGAAAGGAUUUCCCUCUCACAGGUUACACAGAGGUUCGAUACGACGAGGAGAAGAAGCGUGUUGUUUCGGAGCCAUUGCAGCUUACACAGGUAUUUAGGAACUUUGAAGCUAACAGCCCAUGGGAGCAGGUUGGUGAGGGUGAGAGCUACAAGCCCAACGCGUUCAAGCUCACUCCACCUAAGCCAAAAGAGGACCCCAAGGACAAGAAGUAA